UGAGGCCUAAGCAUUUCUCCUCCACAGCCAUUUUCCUUGCAUUAUUGUAUUGUUUUCGCAAUUGAUAGAAGAAAAAUGGCUCUCUCUGGUAAGAUGGAGGUUGAUGUAGAAAUCAAAACUUCAGCUGACAAGUUUCAUGAUGUAAUGGGCGGCAGACCACACCACAUGACCAUUGCUUCACCUCAAAAUAUACAAACAUGUGAUUUACAUGAAGGUGAAUUUGGAAAAAAGGGCUCUGUUCUUUACUGGAAUUAUGUCCAUGAUGGAAAAGCUAAGGUUGCAAAGGAGGUCGUGGAAGACAUAGAUGACGUGAACAUGUCCACUACCUUCAAAGUGAUUGAAGGAGAUCUACUGAAGGAGUAUAAAAGUUUCAAAUUUGUUGUUCAAGCUACACCUAAGGGGAAGGGAAGCAUUGUGCAUUGGACCCUCGUAUACGAGAAGCUGAAUGCAAAUAUUCCCGAGCCGACUUCCAUGCUUGAAUUUGCAGUUGAUGUCACCAAAGACAUUGAUGCCCACCUUGCCCAAGCUUAGACUCCUCUCUCUAUCAUAAUGAAUGAAACUUUGUGCCGCUACUAUCUACUGAACCUGGAAAUCCACCUACGCGCAUAUAUGCAAUAAUCGCUGUCGAGUAUAUGCAAAUUUUAUGGAAGUAUCAUUUCGUUUACUAUAAUGUGUGAUUAUGUAAUAAAUAAACAUCUAUAUGUGGAUGAUCUUAUCCAAUAAUAAUUAAAUUGUGGCUA